AUGGCCUUUUCAGUCAGCAGCAGACUCUACAAGUUCAAUGUCAUGCCCUUUGGGCUGACCAACACGCCAGCCUUAUUCCAGUGGAACAUGGAGGCACUACUCAGGGGCCUCACAUGGUCAUGCUGCCUCAUGUACAUAGACAAUAUCGUCAUCUACUCACAGUCCUGGCCCACCUACAGGCCAUCAUUGACCAUCUCCAGUAGGGACAGAUGCCUCAAGCCAGACCCCACCAAAGUCGCCACUGUCAAGGACACACAGCCACCACAGUCAGCUCAGGAGGCGCACCAGGAGGCCUUUGAGACACUCAAGCAGCACCUCACUGCUGCGCCUGUCAUCACAACUGCAACAAGACUGGCCCUUUACACUGCACAUGGACGCCUUGGCACACGCCAUUGGCGUGUGGUGUUUGAGUGGGUGAAGGCGUACCAACACUAUCUCCAUGGCCAUCACUUCACUGUGGUCACUGACCACAACCCACUUGUGUGGAUAAGCACCCAGCAUGACCCCCAACUCGCCCAGUGGGCUCUCACACUGCAAGAGCACAAUUUCUAA